UUCGAUUGAUCGAAUCAUGGAGGUAGAUGAUGGAUUCGUGCCGUAUGUUUCAGUGGCGCUGCGCAGAGAGAUGGAAUAUAAGAAGAUGCUUCGUGUGAAGGGAAAGGUGUCGUCGGAGUUGCAGGUAAAGCCGGCUGAAGCUAGGCCAAGCUUGCUUGUUCAAGCAACUCAUCUCAGGCGAAAUCUACCCGAAGUGAGUGCUACGGAGCAAAUUAUAUCACAGGAGAAGGAGAUGAUGGAGCAAUUAUCCGUCAAGAAGACGCUUAUGUCUGUUCGCGAACUGGCCAAAGGUAUCACUUACACAGAGCCUCUGCUAACAGGGUGGAAACCGCCUCUGCGUAUCAGGAAGAUGUCGAGCAAACAUAUGGAUUUGAUUAGGAAGCAGUGGCAUAUCAUAGUCAAUGGUGAAGACAUUCCCCCUCCGAUCAAGAACUUCAGCGAUAUGAAGUUUCCGAGAGCUGUUCUCGAUACGCUCAGGGAGAAGGGAAUCGUGCAGCCGACUCCUAUCCAGGUUCAGGGUCUUCCUGUGAUCUUGUCGGGGAGAGACAUGAUUGGGAUUGCCUUCACGGGCUCGGGAAAGACUUUGGCUUUCGUGCUUCCCAUGAUCAUGAUGGCUCUGCAGGAGAAGACGAUGUUGCCUAUCGCUCCUGGAGAAGGUCCCGUCGCGCUUAUCCUCUGUCCCUCUAGAGAGCUUGCAAGGCAGACUUAUGACGUGGUUGAACAGUUCGUUGCUCCUUUAUCUGCGGCUGGAUCUCCGCCGUUGAGGUCGUUGCUAUGCAUCGGAGGAGUGGAUAUGAGAUCGCAGCUGGAGGUUGUGAGGAGAGGAGUGCACAUCGUUGUUGCAACCCCUGGGAGGUUGAAGGACUUGCUCGCCAAGAAAAAGAUGAACUUAGAUGCUUGCAGGUACCUGACGCUGGACGAAGCAGAUAGGUUGGUUGAUUUGGGUUUCGAAGACGACAUUAGAGAAGUCUUUGACCACUUUAAGUCUCAGCGUCAGACGCUUCUGUUCUCCGCCACGAUGCCUGCGAAAAUCCAAGCCUUUGCCACAAGUGCUCUGGUGAAACCCGUGACUGUUAACGUGGGAAGAGCUGGAGCUGCGAAUCUCGAUGUCAUCCAGGAGGUUGAGUACGUCAAACAAGAGGCAAAGGUUGUUUACCUCCUCGAGUGCCUGCAGAAAACCUCUCCGCCGGUUUUAAUCUUCUGUGAGAGCAAAGCUGAUGUUGAUGAUAUCCACGAGUACUUGCUACUCAAAGGAGUGGAAGCAGUGGCCAUCCAUGGAGGCAAAGAUCAAGAAGACAGAGAGUACGCAAUCUAUUCCUUCAAGGCUGGGAAAAAAGACGUCUUGGUGGCGACAGAUGUUGCUUCAAAGGGUUUAGAUUUCCCUGAUAUACAGCACGUGAUCAACUACGACAUGCCUGCGGAGAUUGAGAACUAUGUGCACAGGAUAGGACGAACAGGCCGGUGUGGGAAAACUGGGAUAGCAACUACGUUUAUAAACAAGAACCAAAGCGAGACCACGCUGCUCGAUUUGAAGCACUUGUUGCAGGAAGCUAAACAGAGGAUUCCGCCUGUACUUGCUGAGCUGGAUGAUCCAAUGGAAGAAGCAGAGACCGUUGCGCAUGCAAGUGGUGUCAAGGGUUGUGCUUAUUGUGGCGGUCUCGGACAUCGUAUUGGAGACUGCCCAAAACUCGAGCACCAGAAGAGUGUGGCCAUAUCUAAUUCUAGAAAAGACUAUUUUGGCUCUGCUUUCCUCUCUCUGUACGAGAUACCAUAUACAUCUUCGGUGUUUUCUCUACCUUCAAGCAUGCCCUUCACCAAUAUCUCUAUCUCCUCCAUCAAAAAGAACACAAUCAAAAGAAUCCGAUCUUUUGUUUCUGCUUCUUCAAUGCUUCCUUUCUUCCUCCUCUUAUUAUGGUGUUCUGUCUCUCAAGCUCUUCCUCCUCCUCGAGGUUUCUACUUAAAUUGUGGAUCAUCAGCUUCAACGAAACUCAACGAGAUAAAUUACACAACGGACAAAGGAUUCAUCGCCGUAGGCAACACGGCGACCAUUAAGCAAAAAGACCUUCUUCCGAUCCUCUCGACGCUGCGUUACUUCCCCGACAAGUCAUCGCGAAAACACUGUUAUAAUUUCCCCGUGGCCGAGAACUCCAAGUACCUAAUCCGAACCACUUACUACUACGGGAACUUCGACGGCAAAAACAGCCCACCUGUCUUCGAUCAGAUCGUUGGAGGCACAAAAUGGAGCGUCGUGAACACGUCAGAGGAUUACGCCAAGGGUCAGAGUUCUUACUACGAGAUCAUUGCUGGUGUUCCCGGGAAGAAACUGAGUGUUUGUCUAGCCAAGAAUGCAAACACCCUCUCAUCACCGUUCAUAUCGGCUUUAGAUGUACAAUCUCUUGAAGAUCACAUGUACAAUUCCACGGACCUCGGGUCCUACAAGCUCAGCCUCGUCGCCAGGAACAGCUUUGGAGUAGACGGAGAGAUGAUCAGCUAUCCAGAUGACCAAUACAACCGUUUAUGGCAACCGUUUUCGGACCAGAAGCAUCCGACAGUGACUUCUCGAAGCAGGAUUAACCCGUCGGACUUUUGGAACAUUCCACCGACUAAAGCCUUUGUGGAAGGUUUCACAGUGAGUAAAGAGAAGCCUCUGAAGCUUCAAUGGCCGCCGUUUCCUCUUCCGGCCACAAAGUACUAUGUAGCUCUGUAUUUUCAGGAUGAUCGGAGUCCAAGCCCCUUGAGCUGGAGAGCUUUUGGUGUCUCGAUCAAUGGAGUUUCCUUUGUAAGAAAACUCAAUGUGAGCACCAAUGGGGUUAUGGUUUACUCUGGUCAGUGGCCAUUGUCAGGUCAGACUCAGAUCACACUGACUCCCGCCAAGGAUUCGCCGAUGGGAGCAGUGAUUAAUGCUGGAGAAGUGUUUCAGGUUGUUCCUCUUGGUGGAAGCACUAAUAUCAAAGAUGCAACUGCAAUGGAGGACCUGUUAGAGAGCAUCAAGAAGCCUCCGGUAGACUGGUCCGGCGAUCCAUGCCUUCCUCUUGCCAACUCGUGGACUGGCUUAACUUGCUCCAAAGAAAAAAUCACCAGAGUGAUUUCUCUAAAUCUGACAAAUCGUGGACUAUCGGGCUCUCUACCACCAAGCAUAAACAAGAUGACUGCCCUUAAAGAUCUAUGGUUGGGGAAGAACAAGCUCACAGGACCUAUCCCAGAUUUGAGUCCCAUGACGAGAUUAGAAACUCUACAUUUAGAGGACAAUCAGUUUACCGGAGCGAUUCCUGAGUCACUUGCACAGCUUCCUAAUCUCCGCACACUGUCCCUUAAGAACAACAAGUUUCAAGGUACAAUUCCUACUGCACUACUCCAGAAAAAGGGCCUAACUAUUCAGGCGUCUCCUCAGAACAUGCCAAGCACAAACAAGACCAGCCAAAAUUAGGGUUGCUAACAAUGAUCAGAUUUCAAGUGCUCAUUGAAAGGUCAUCUGUAGAACUAAAAGGGUCAUUAUUCUUGGCCUCGAGGAUUGAAAGUACACAGAUUUCAUGGAGAAAGGGUUCGAUCGAGGAAGCAUCUAGGCCAGAUACUUUUAAGAUGACUGUAUUACUUCCUAUGCUUUCAUUUCAUUGAACAAUCUUUGGACCUCUAGAGUAACUUGAGCAAAGAGAUAAAGCAAGCACAUGAAAACAAUUGAAACAGAUCGUGUUACCACUUUAUUUCCUGUGUGGAAAAUUGAUACAACCUAAACACCAAAAAGAAUUCCUGCAGACUGCAGUUUAUGGUGGCUCAAGAUCUGAUACAUAUAUAUAUAUAUAUAAAUAAAUAAAAGGUAAUUUCCUAUUUGGGGAGUAGCCAUUAUCUGAGCAAGAAUUCAGUAAUUUCUGUCUAUACCUCCAAACAGCUUGUUUGGGAGAAACAUGCCAUGCCAAAAGAAGUAGCUAUCUUUCUUCUGGUUGUGGUUUCUUUACAUGCAGCAAACCCAAGCGCACGCAUACGCAUCAUGCACAAAUGGGCACGGUUGAGCAAAUUCAAGGUCAAGAGGUUUCAUCAUCCAAAUCUUCCAUCACUUCAAUGUCCUUUCGAGAUGUUAUCUUCUGCACAUAUCCUGCAAUCAAUUGGUAUGCAUUUGCUAAUAACCUCUUUACCCUUUUUCUUGUAAUAGCUGACAGAUCCAGAUCCUUGGCAGCUUCUACAUUUUCCAGUCCAUUCAUAAACCACUUCCCGGCAAUCGAUCGCACUGCAAUCUCCGGUCAAUCUCAUCCGGCGACACAGGGGAUGUAUCAGGAUAAGUCAUAGGGAGAGGAAGCGCGUCGCCGUCGUCUACCAAGUAACUCUGUCCACUUUUCGACCAUAGCAAUCUCCUCUUUCUCCAUUUCCCAGCUUCACCAUUCCCGCCGGCGGUGACUGAGACAUCUCGAGACCUCGCCGAGUCAGAGGUGGAAGAAUCCGCUUCCCGGGGUAACCGAAUUCCGUCGCCAAGGGGGAUAUCGGCGGUGGCGCGGCAACGGAGGGAGCGAGAAGGAAGGCGGGGAAGAAAAACGAGAGGUCUGAGAGAGGGUAGAGAGCAAUUAGGGUAUAAUCGGAACAUCGAGACGAGAAGUUUGCAGAAUUUUAGGAAUCGUCAAAAGCGGAGCUCUGGGCUCGUUGGUGUGUGUCAGCUACCGUCGAAAAUGGAGGAAGAAGAUGAAGACAUCAUUUCGUCCUCCGAUUCCGAAGAUUCCAGUGAUAGUUACAAGGAAGAGUCUCAAGAUUCGGAAGCAGAAAAUGAAAAUUCCGAGGAAAACCUCGAGUGCGAAGACCUUGCGGCCGUUUCUCCUCCAUCCGACGCCGAUCGGAAAUCGAAGAACGUAAACGAUCUUCUGAGGGGAAAUCUGGUGGUGCAACGGCAGCCACUUCUUCCUCGGGUGCUCUCAGUGUCAGAAGGAGCGGCGGUUUGUAGGAAGCCCUUCAAGCCUCCGUGUUCUCAUGGUUAUGAUUCCACCGAUCAGCUUUCUCGUCGCCUCUCGGCUCGCAAGCGGUUUGUCCCUUGGGGUUCUUCGAAUCCGGUUGUGGUUGUUUUACCUACUAAGCUGAAUGUAUCAACCACUAUUGAGAAAGAUGAAGAAGAGGAAGUUGUUUGUCUUCCACCUGAAAUUGAUCCCUUGGUAUUAUGGCAACUUGAUGAACCUGGCCAUGGAAUCAGCACUGCAACCAAAAUUGCAGUGCAUCCAUUGCUUGUCCGAUUCCUUCGGCCUCAUCAAAGAGAGGGUGUCCAGUUCAUGUUCGAUUGUGUUUCAGGAUUACAUGGUUCGGCAAAUAUAAAUGGUUGCAUUCUGGCUGACGAUAUGGGUUUGGGGAAGACAUUGCAGUCCAUUACACUGCUAUACACACUUCUAUGUCAAGGGUUUGAUGGGACGCCUAUGGUUAAAAAGGCCAUUAUCGUUACACCAACGAGUCUUGUCAGUAACUGGGAAGCUGAAAUUAAGAAAUGGGUUGGAGACAGGAUUCAGCUUAUAGCCCUCUGUGAAAGCACUAGAGAUGAUGUUUUGUCUGGAAUUGAUAGUUUCACUCGACCACGAAGCGCUUUGCAGGUACUUAUCAUUUCUUACGAGACAUUCCGAAUGCACGCAUCCAAGUUCUGCCAGAGUGAAUCCUGUGAUCUUCUAAUAUGCGAUGAGGCUCAUAGGCUGAAAAAUGACCAGACACUAACCAACAGGGCUUUGGCUUCAUUGACAUGCAAACGGCGGGUUUUGUUGUCUGGAACUCCCAUGCAGAAUGACUUGGAAGAGUUUUUUGCGAUGGUCAACUUUACAAAUCCAGGAAGUUUAGGCGAUGCUGCGCAUUUUCGCCAUUAUUACGAGGCACCUAUUAUAUGUGGAAGAGAACCUACAGCCACCGAGGAAGAGAAGAACUUAGCUGCUGACCGCUCUGCAGAACUGAGUUCAAAAGUCAAUCAGUUUAUUUUGAGGAGAACCAAUGCGUUGCUCUCUAAUCACUUACCACCUAAGAUAAUUGAAGUAGUUUGUUGCAAGAUGACUACUCUCCAGUCCACUCUAUACAAUCAUUUUAUAAGCUCAAAAAAUCUCAAAAGAGCACUUGCGGAUAAUGCAAAGCAGACCAAAGUCUUGGCUUAUAUAACAGCUCUCAAGAAGCUCUGCAAUCAUCCAAAGCUUAUCUACGAUACAAUAAAAAGCAAAAGUCCUGGAACUAUUGGGUUUGAGAAUUGCUUAGAGUUCUUCCCUGCAGAAAUGUUCUCCGGGAGAUCUGGAGCAUGGACCGGGGGUGAUGGUGCCUGGGUCGAGCUUUCUGGGAAAAUGCACGUUCUCUCCAGACUUUUGGCAAACCUACGUAGGAAAACAGAUGACCGCAUAGUUCUUGUAUCAAACUACACACAGACAUUGGAUCUUUUCGCUCAACUCUGUCGUGAAAGAAGAUAUCCUUAUCUGAGGCUGGAUGGAUCAACGACAAUCAGCAAGAGGCAGAAGCUUGUUAACCGGUUGAACGACCCAACAAAGGAUGAGUUUGCAUUUCUCUUAAGCAGCAAGGCGGGUGGCUGUGGAUUAAAUUUAAUUGGUGCUAAUCGACUUGUGUUGUUCGAUCCCGAUUGGAAUCCUGCCAAUGAUAAACAAGCUGCUGCUAGAGUUUGGAGGGAUGGGCAAAAGAAAAGAGUAUAUGUCUACAGGUUUCUUAGUACUGGAACUAUUGAAGAAAAGGUUUACCAGCGUCAGAUGUCGAAAGAAGGGCUUCAGAAAGUUAUUCAGAAUGAACAGACGGAUAACAGCACGAGACAGGGGAACUUGCUUUCAACAGAGGAUUUAAGAGAUUUAUUUUCCUUCCACGGGGAUGUGAGGUCUGAAAUCCAUGAAAAGAUGAGCUGCACCAGGUGCCAAAAUAAUGCCUCCAGUACUGAAAACAUGGAAGAAGGGAAUGAGAACAAUGUAGAUAGCGAUGCUUGCCAAAUUGAUGGAGAAGAUAUAGGCGGAUUUGCAGACGAAGCAGGGUGCUUUCACUUGCUCAAAGACUCCGAGAGACAGGUGGGCACUCCAUUGGAGGAAGAUCUAGGAAGUUGGGGACAUCAUUUUACCUCAAAGUCGGUUCCAGAUGCUAUACUGCAAGCAUCAGCUGGUGACGAGGUUACAUUUGUAUUCACAAACCAGGUAGAUGGGAAACUCAUUCCCAUACAAUCAAAUGUUGGUCCGAAACCGGAAGAGCCUGCAACAGAACGCAACCGAAACCAAACUGUAAGUAAUCGUGCGUUCAACAAACCGCAACAAAGACCUCGGGAACCGCUGCAACCGUUAUCUGUCAACGAUACCGCAAAAAGAGUGAAGUUGACUACUUAUAAGCGUUUACACUCUACUAGUAGCACUGGUGAUGCUAACAUUCACCUAUCUUUGCAAAGGCCAAACCAAGUUUCUGUAAAUCACGAUGAUGAUUUUGUAUGAGAUGUAAUAUUUUGAACUAAGAAACAUUGUUAUGGUAUUUUGUUGUGGACAUUGUUAUGCUACAAAAAUAGAAUGAAUAUUGUUUUGAUCUGGCUCAUUUUAAUGAUUUG